CCGCCCCGGGCCACCCGCUGCCCCGCGCGGAGCAGGCGGCCGCCCUCUCUGGGCCCGGCUCGCAGCGUGGAGCGGCGGCGGGGAGCCCUUGCCGGGGAUUGGCGCGCGGCGAAGGGACGCGGCCCGCUGGCACGUGGGAAACCCCCCGGGCGUUACUGGCGCUGAGGGGAAGGUGCCACUUCUCCCGCGCCGCCCCGGAGAGGACCCAGGCGCUGUCGCUCGGGGUGUGGGGAGAGGAUUGGCCGAUGCGGAGUGACAUGUAGCUUCACCCCCGCCCCGUUUAGACACAGCGAAGCGCCCGACAGCAGUGCCCGGACCGGAGGCGUAAGAUCAAGGGGACCUGGCUCCUUUAAGGGACGCCCCGCCCUAUAGCGUGGGCUGAAGUUGAUUGGCUGGCUGUGCAAACCCGGAUGCAAUUCCGCGCACCCACGUGCGUGGGGCGCUCCACGCUGGCCGUGUCGGUUCGAUGGCGCCUGCGCUGCGGGGGGUUGGGCCCCUUCUGCGGGUUGCUCCUCGCUGGCUGCCCCCGCGGGGCGCUGGGGUGUCGUCUCGGGCGGGGGACGUGCCCUGCGGAGCUGGGGUGAGGGUGCGGUUCGCGCCCAGCCCCACAGGCUUUCUGCACUUGGGCGGCCUUCGCACUGCUUUGUACAAUUACAUUUUUGCCAGAAAACACCAAGGGGCUUUUAUCUUGAGAUUGGAAGAUACGGAUCAAAGUCGCAUGGUGGCUGGGGCUGCGGAAGGAAUAGAGGAUAUGCUGGAUUGGGCAGGUAUCCCACCUGAUGAAAGCCCUCGCAAAGGAGGCCCGGUCGGGCCCUACCAGCAGUCUCUCAGACUUGAGCUGUAUAAGAAAGCCAGCGAGUUUCUUCUGGAGAAUGGUGCUGCCUACCGCUGCUUUUGCACCCCUCAGCGUCUGGAACUGCUGAAGAAGGAUGCGCUACGGAAUCGUCAGACACCACGGUAUGACAACAGGUGCCGACACUUGAGCUCAGAGCAAGUGGCUGAGAAGUUGUCGCAGGGCUCUGACUACGUGGUCCGCUUCCGUUUGAAGCAAGGCGUGGAGCCCUUUCAUGAUCUGGUCUAUGGAUGGAGCAAGCAUGAAGUGGCUACUGUGGAAGGUGACCCGGUGAUCUUAAAAGGGGAUGGCUUCCCCACAUACCACCUGGCAAAUGUGGUGGAUGACCAUCACAUGGGAAUUAGCCACGUUCUCCGUGGAACUGAGUGGCUUACUUCAACAUCCAAGCACCUUCUUAUCUACAGAGCCUUUGGCUGGGACCCUCCUCGGUUUGGCCACCUUCCGUUGCUCUUGAACAAAGAUGGCAGUAAACUGUCCAAAAGGCAGGGAGACAUUUUUCUACAACAUUUUGUUCAAGAUGGCUGCUUGCCGGAAGCUCUACUGGACAUCGUCACCAACUGCGGCUCUGGAUUUGCAGGCAAUCAGAUGGGCAGGACGCUGGAGGAGCUGAUCUUGGAGUUUGACGUGGGCAGAAUUACCACCCACUCAGCCCUGCUGGAUCUUGACAAACUCCUAGAAUUCAACAGGAUUCACCUGGUCCAGCAGAUUGGAGAUGAGAGGCUACGACGAAAGCUGGUGACGGAGGUGCAGAUGCAGGUGGAGCAGGUCUAUGGUGAUCGGCUUGUGGACAGAGAGGUUCUAGAGAAGGAUUAUGUGGAGCGAGUCCUCCUACUGAGAAAAGGUCACAUAAGCCGCCUGAAGAACUUGGUGGCGCCUGAGUAUUCUUACUUAUGGGUCAGGCCCUCAGUGUCCCGAGAGCAGCUGCAAACCAUUUCAGCAGAAGUAGAUGAGAUAGGAAAGCUAGUCAUAGGGCUGAUGGAAGGGCAGACUGCUGCUCUGACUACAGAAGGGUUGAAUGAAGACCUGAGAGGCCUACAGGAGCAGACGAGAGGGACCAAAUACAGCAGCAUGAUGAAACUCCUCCGCUUGGCCCUCAGUGGACAGCAGAUAAAGCCACGGACCCAAGCAUCCCUGAAGAAAACUGGGAAUGUAUCCAGCGGUUCUGUGACCAGCCCGUCUGUUGCACCCAGACUGCUAGCGCAUAAGAUACAGUCGCCUCAGGAGAUGGAAGCUCUUCAUGCCUUAACAGUGCUGGAGACAUGUGUGAAUAACUGUGGCGAAAGGUUUCACAAUGAAGUGGCAAAAUUCAGAUUUCUGAAUGAACUGAUUAAAGUGCUGUCUCCAAAGUAUCUUGGAACCUGGUCUGCAGAAAAGGUCAAAUCGAGAGUUAUAGAAAUAAUGUUCAGUUGGACUGUUUGGUUUCCUCAGGAAGUUAAAAUCCGGGAUGCUUAUCAGAUGCUGAAGAAACAAGGAGUCAUAAAACAAGACCCCAAACUCCUAGAAGACAAAAUUUUACCACCUCCUUCUCCAAGACCUAAGAAUUCUAUUUUUGAUGUUGAUGAAGAGAAAUCCAAGCUCUUAGCAAGACUUCUAAAGAGCAACCACCCUGAGGACCUGCAGGCAGCCAACAGGCUGAUCAAGAGCAUGAUUAAAGAGGAACAAGAAAAAUCUGCCAAGGUGUCCAAAAGACUGAAUGCAAUUGAUGAGGUUCACAGCAGCGUUAAGCUUCUGGGUGAAAUGCUGACCAGCUACAAGAGGCAGGAGUUACCCAAAUCUGACCUACAGAUUCUGCAGAGCCUGUUUGAACGCUGUGAGAAGCUCAGGCCGCUGCUCUUCCGCCUUGCCAGCGAGACUACUGAAGAUGACGAGGCUUUGGAGAUUCUCCAGGCCAAUGACAAACUCACCCAGGCGCUCGACUUGUACAGGCAGGUUGGAGUGGGCCGUGACCAGGGCAGGAGGAGUUCGGUGACCAUCUCCACUGAUGCCUCAGCACCUCAGUCCCCGCUGGGCAGUACGAAGAGCUACACACUGAUCGACUUCUCCGAGCUGGGUUCCAUGUUCGAGUCUCUCUCAGAGCAGAGCGUGAAUGCGACAGCUGCCGCUCAGCACAGCAGCCCCUCCGCCUGCCUGCUCGACGAGGAACUAAUGUCAUUAGGUCUCAGUGAUUCCCCUGUUGGACAGAGACAGUCACCUGAUUUCAGCUCAGUACAGAGUGCUGGGCACAAUGGAUAUAAUCAAACCGGAAAUGCCGAUACCCAUCAAACCUUGGUGCUGGGGGAUAGCUGGAAGGGUGGCUCACCAGAGAGGAAUGCGCUUCAGGAUUUGGCAGGGCAGCUGUCUCCACCUCCUGUGACCAGGCCAUUUCCAAUGAACUUACCUCCAGUGCAACUGUCCCCGGCAGGCCUUCCGAGCAGCUUAGCUGCAGAUGCUUUGUUCUCUGACCCAGCCUAUGAGCUGAAACCUGCUGCUCCUUCGCAGCCAGCUGCCCACGAUGCUGCUUUGGCAAACCUAUUUGUCCCACUCACUUCAAUUGCACCGAGCAAUAUUCCUCCAGUUACAGUGUAUGAUCAAGAUGGUUUCAAGGUCAUGAUCCAUUUCUCCAGAGACCUAGUCCCCGGGCGACCAGAUGUACUGGUGAUGGUGCUCUCCAUGCUGAGCACAUCCACUCAGCCAAUUAAGGACAUUGUGUUCCAGGCUGCAGUCCCAAAGGUUAUGAGAGUAAAGUUGCAGCCGGCGACUGGUUCUGAGCUUCCUGCCUUCAGCCCUUUGCUCCCUCCAGCUGUGAUAUCCCAGGUUCUGCUGCUCGCCAAUCCACAUAAAGAUCCAUCAGUCCUUCGGCAUUAGCAGAGGUGGGGUGGAGGGGAGCAGGCCACGUGACCAGCCUGUGUUACGUUCCUUUCGCCCCAUCCAGGACCCCAUCCGAUUACGGUACAAGCUCAUGUUCACACAGGGCGGGCGGCCCUUCAGCGAAGUGGGGGAGGUGACUGGAUUCCCGGAGGCCGAGCUGUGGGGCCAGAGCUGAACUGCUGCUUUGAUGGAACGUGGACAUUGCCGCAUCGCCUUAGCACAGCUCUGUGGGAAGUCACCUGGGAGGGGCAACGAGAGCCUCUCCACUGUGUGUGUGGCUUGGGGAGGCGCCCAGCCCAGAAAGCCAGGGUGGGCUCCAGGCUGGCUGCUCUCCACGGGGCCCAGUCUCCCACUCCUGCUCGGGUUUUCCUUGUGGGUAGCUGGUAGGAGGGAGUGCAAACCAGCUGCUCCUGCUCUUUGCCUUACUGCAGCAUUCAUCCCUCCAGUCGCUGGAUGCUCUUUUCCUACCAGCAUUUCUGCUUUCUCCUGCUUGUUGAGCCAUUUCGCCCUCUGGCCUUUUGAAAACAAUUCCCCAAUUCAGGCCCUGUUUGCUCCCAGGGCGGAGCAGCUCUUGAUGCUGGUGUCCGCAGUGUCUGGGGAUCAAUGCUGUGACCUACCAGUGAUGGGCAUGGUGUGAACCACUGGGUAUAGAAUGGAACAACUGUGGCUUGAAACAGGGCCGAAUCCAUAAGCCAGACCUCUUGGGUGUUACCACAGCCUGAGCACUGCAAGGCGCUGGGUCCUCGCCCCUUCCCUGAGACCCUUGGUGCCUUCUCAGCCUCACCGUGAUUCCUGAGGCAGCUUCCAUGCUGGGGAGCAUCCUGCGGAGAGCUCUCACAGGCAGGGCCCCCUGCAGCAUGUGGAUUUGUGUCUAUGCAAAACUUAUGUUUCCUUCCUGGUCACUCAAAACUUAAGGGGGGAAAUGUAUAAAGAAUUUCACUGCUGCACAAGUGGAAAUGUGGAUCAAGUCCUAAGGCACCUGAGCUGCUCCACGGGGAGAGCGUGUCUGGAGAAAUCACUUUGUACAUCCAUGUCUAGACAAACCUCUGCUUCAGCCAGCUCUCCCCUUGUUCCCCCUGUGCUGGGAAGCAGAGGAGAAAGGACCCACUGUGCUGCUCUUAGUGGAACGUGCCCAGCCAGCCAGCAAACCCAGCGUCCUGAGCGUCAGGUUUUAUAUGAUGCUGAACUUGUGCAUUUUUAAAUCAAAGUAUUUUUGAGCCCUGGCAGUCACUGUUGCUGCUGGUGCCUGAAAUGCCAGAGCGUUAUUCAUCCCCAGCUUGGUGGAGUCUGGCCACGCAGGGCACUGUCUGAGCUUUUUAUUCCUGUACUGAGCUCUGGAUUCCCAGGCACAAUCCUAAUAAACAGCGUUUGCUUUGACCGGGGCUGCUUGCUGGUGGUUCCUGGGUUUGCAUGCAAGGUCCCUCUGCCGCGCAGGAGAAUGGCUGAGUGAGGGGGAUGAGGGGCACUUGGGCUUUAGCCUCCCCAUUUUAUUCAAACCUGUUCAAUGGCACUUCACAGCCAGAAGUGAAGGCAAGGCUCGUGCUGCAAGGAUCGUCUGCUGUAGCUAGGAAUGGGCGGAGGGGAGAGAGCUGGAAGCAGAUGUCUGGUUCAUGACAGGAUCUGUGUCUGAGCAGUGGUUGUCAGGUAUGGAGCUUGUUAGCCAUCCCGAGGGGUUGGAAGGGCCUUCGGAGGAGAGGACAGACUCUCCCCAGCUCUGUGUGGCAUAUCCCUCCUGUCCUCUGUCUUGCCAUCUCCCUCAUUGCCCUGUGCCUCUUUCACGCCCUUGCUCUUCACCAGAGUAGCCUGGGAUCUGUCUCAGGUCUCACACCCAGACCAUCCCUAGGAUAUCCAAGCUCCUCCCUCUGUGCUACUCCCCUGCACCACCUUGCAAGGCCCUCCCUUUUCAGAGGUCAGUGUUAGUGAGCUGUAGCUCAGGAAAGCUUAUGCUCAAAUAAAUUUGUUAGUCUCUAAGGUGCCACAAGUCCUCCUUUUCUUUUUGCGAAUACAGACUAACAUGGCUGCUACUCUGAAACCAGUGUUAAUAUUGUCACUGAAGCGCCCAUCAAACCUCCGUGAAAGGUGCGGUUGUCCCAGAGCUCUGGGUCAGGCCCUGCCCAGCCAACCUCUGACCUGGCCAACAGCUUCAGGCUUCAGCCACCACCUGCAGGGGUCUAGAAGAGGUUCCUCCUCCUCUUUUGGAUUGGUUGUGAGGUUUUGUCAUCACCUUCCUCUGAUGGCUCUAGCUGGAGAUGGGAAGUUGGACAGGGAGGGCCAGGGCUCCGAGGUGCUCUGAGCAUGCUCUCUCUCAGGUGCUGGGCUGGUUGGUUCUUGCUCCCAUGCUCAGGGUCUAACUGAUCACCAUGUGAAGGGGGCAGGAAGGAAUUCUACCCCCAUCUCUGGUGAGAUUGGGGGUGACCUUGGGGGUUUUUGCUUUCCUGUGCAACAUUGGGGUGUGGAUCACUUGCCAGGAUUAUCUGGGUCUGUCUCAAUCACUUCCCUGCCAUUUGCAGGGACCCAGUGCCCCGGGGUACCUGGGCCCCCCUGCUCUCUGCCUGUGGCACAUCAUAGUCUCAUUCCUUGUGGGCUGUCAUAGUUUGGUCUGACUUUAGUUGUUGGGUUGUUGGAGGGCACUGCUGGUGGCCUGGGCUAUGUAGGAGGUCUGACUGGAUGAUCUGGUUCCUUCUGGCCUGAAAUGCUAUGCUCCUCCACUGACUUACUAGCAUGUUUUUCCACCUGGCUCUUCCUCUAUCCCCAAAUUCUUUAAGGCACAAACACUUCACAACUCAACCCCCCCCCAUCCCCUUAUUAACCACAUUAGAGAGCAGUCGCCUAGUGCCUGUGACACUUUCCAAUCUCCAGCUUAGCAAACGCCUGGUCUGAACACGCUGUCCCCGCGGUAACUCCCCACCACUGGCCAAAGAAUAUGUUGUCAGCUGUUCCGAUUUCCCUUAGUACAUAUGGGGGUGAAUCUCUCGCUGUUUGUGCCUCUCCCGUCUUCUCUGCCUUGUAAUUAAACAGUUGGGAUUCUUGCAGC